AUGUUGCAAGAUUACCAUGGACUAUGGAGCUGGUACUUAGGGAACUUGCGCAAGGGGCGCUUUGAGCAACUGGUGGGAGAUGAGGCACGCUAUUCGCAGCUGAAAGCUUUCUUGAGAGACUGUUUCGCACAUAGCACGGGACAAGAACGCCGUCUCCAACUGCUAUCAUUUCCCGCUAGCGUGCCCUGCGAUUAUAAGAUUCUGGAAGAGUUCAUACGGCAACAAGGAAACAUUUCCGUUGCGAUACCACGGGUUCACGCUACGGGAACUGAAAAGCACUACCUAGUCGAUGGAAACUACAUGGUCCAUGCACUUGAAGGUUGCAACCUCGCCCUGACGGAAAAUGAGCCCUUCUACACUGAUAGCAUGAGCAUUGAAGAGCGUUCCGAAAUUGUUUCAGGAAUGUCCCUAGUGUUCGACUUUAAACCGCGUUUCGAACAUUCGACCAGCAAUCCGGUUCACAGUAUGCGGUCCUCCAGUAGUGAGAUGCACAGUGGGUCCGUACGAGAUGCUGCUUUUUCAGGUUUGGAUGAUAUGUCCAUUAGGAGCAAUGAGUCGUGUGAGUCCUUCAGUGGCCAAGAAUUAGUUCGAGUCCUCACACAUGAAGGUGACAGCCAAGAAUACCAAUGCGAUAGCACUGAGACUCGUAUCUUCCGAGAAUCAUAUUCCGACAUCAGUAGCCUCUCUCAAUUCUCCAAUCAUUCCGUAUUUCCUAGCCUUUCAAUAACAAAUGAUUUCUCUAAAUUUAGAGUAGUGCUACAAUCCAUUUUGGUAUAUGACUGCGAAAAAGACCGGAUAAACACUGCUGUGAGGCAAUAUAACAAUAAUCCAAAUAUAGCCAACUGCAGUGAUGAUUGGCUCUUGUAUGAUAACAAAUUCUCCCUUGAUAACCUCCGGAUUUUAUCCUUUGUUGAUCUCAUGGAACUGAAUCGCGCUCACCCAAAGAUGCUCUUCUAUUCGGUGGCCGAGAUUUUUAAUAGCUCACCCAGAUGCAGCGCAGCAGGUUGCUGUGCCCAAGUACACCAUUCUCAACCGCAGCUAUUGCAACGUAAUAGCUUUUCAGCGUCAACCUUAUCUAGACAUUCCCUACGACUUCUCCCCACAGUUACAUCAGCAAAUACCAUUGAACGCCAUGUACGCACGGACGUCGCCGAUAAAGGAAAGAUUCCAAACUCGCCAGCUUUUUGCUGGCAGAAAAGCGUGGAUUACACCGAGUAUUACCAGGAUCAGCUUUUCACGCGGGAACUUGGACUUGCUCAUAACCCCUCGUAUAGCUCCAGAAGUUCAAAUUCAGAACAGCCCAGUGAACGCCUCUUACCCACUGAUAGCAAAGCGGUGAAUCCAAUUCAGCUCUCGCGCCAUGUGACACCUGUGAUUUUCUCAUCUAUCCAAGCUUCCGCUGAUGUUGACUUUGAAAUGCGGGCUUCCGUUGCUACCAAAGCAUCAUCGCGGAGCGGUUUAGAUAAGAUCAGUACUCGUGGAUCUUUCAGCACUGCAAGACAGAUCAACACUGAUACCCUACCCACUUUGCUGCACUCAAUCAGCCACAGGAAGUAUGGGUUAUCUAAGCCUCAAAUUGGAAAGACAUUAAAACACAAGUGGCAGAGGUGGUCCAGUAGCCAGGGUCAUAUGACAUGCCUAAUUAUGUAG